CCCGGAGCAGCCGCCGCCUGCCGCAGGUGAUGCCUCCGCCUCCCGCCUCCGCCUAAGCCGUGGCUCGGCGGCCGAGCUGCCCCAAAGGAAGUGCACGGCCGGGGUCCCAGGAUGGAGGAGUGAAGUCUCGCGCCGCGGUCCCAGCCUCCGGAGCCCGCCCGAAGCCCAGUCCCCGAGAGCGCCCUGACGGAGCAGGGUGGCCGCCGGGUCCAGCCUAGUGACAAGUGGAUGAAUCAUGUGUUGCCCGAGAAGUGAAGAGAUUUGCCCGGAGUAACAGCCCUGAUAUGUCUUUGAUCCAUUUUGUGGAAGGGUGAGAGAUUGGAAUCUUCUUUGAAUCUUCUGCAAGUGGCUACCAGUUUUCUCAGCACCAUUUGUUAGAGGCUGCCUUUUCAUCUAUGAAUGUUUACCCUCGCAGAAGUUGCUUCACUUAAUGACAUUCAGCCAACUUACCGAAUCCUGAAACCAUGGUGGGAUGUGUUUAUGGAUUACCUGGCUGUUGUUAUGUUGAUGGUAGCCAUCUUUGCAGGAACUAUGCAACUUACCAAAGAUCAGGUGGUCUGCUUGCCAGUGUUGCCAUCUCCUGUAAGUUCAAAGACACACACGCCACCAGGAAAUACAGAUGUCACCACCGAAGUCCCGAAGAUGGAAGCAGCCACUAACCAAGACCAAGAUAGGCGGAUAGCAAAUGACAUUUCCUUUGGUACAUCUGCUGUGACAUCUGACAUACCUCUCAGAGCCACAUAUCCUCACCCAGAUUCCACAGUUCCCAAUCAGGAGGCAAGGAAAGAGAAGAAAGAUCCAACAGGCCGAAAAACAAACUUGGAUUUUCAGCAAUAUGUAUUUAUUAAUCAAAUGUGUUACCAUCUGGCCCUUCCAUGGUAUUCUAAAUACUUUCCAUACCUUGCUCUUAUCCAUACUAUUAUUCUCAUGGUCAGUAGCAACUUUUGGUUCAAAUAUCCCAAAACAUGCUCAAAAGUAGAACAUUUUGUUUCAAUAUUAGGAAAGUGCUUUGAAUCUCCUUGGACUACUAAAGCAUUGUCUGAGACAGCAUGUGAAGACUCAGAGGAAAACAAACAGAGAAUAACAGGUGCCCAGACUCUACCAAAGCAUGUGUCUACCAGCAGUGAUGAGGGGAGUCCCAGUGCCAGUACCCCAAUGAUCAACAAAACUGGCUUCAAGUUCUCAGCUGAAAAGCCUGUGAUCGAAGUCCCCAGCAUGACCAUCCUGGACAAAAAAGAUGGGGAACAGGCUAAAGCCCUGUUUGAGAAAGUCAGGAAGUUCCGUGCCCAUGUGGAAGACAGUGACUUGAUCUAUAAACUCUAUGUGGUCCAAACAGUUAUCAAAACAGCCAAGUUCAUUUUCAUUCUCUGCUACACUGCAAACUUUGUCAACGCAAUCAGCUUUGAGCACGUCUGCAAGCCCAAAGUUGAGCACCUGACUGGCUAUGAGGUAUUUGAGUGUACCCACAACAUGGCGUACAUGUUGAAAAAGCUUCUCAUCAGUUAUAUUUCCAUUAUUUGUGUUUAUGGUUUUAUUUGCCUCUAUACUCUGUUCUGGUUAUUCAGAAUACCUUUGAAAGAAUAUUCUUUUGAAAAAGUCAGAGAAGAGAGCAGUUUCAGUGACAUUCCAGAUGUCAAAAAUGAUUUUGCUUUCCUUCUACACAUGGUAGACCAGUAUGACCAGCUAUAUUCCAAGCGUUUUGGUGUGUUCUUGUCAGAAGUCAGUGAAAACAAACUUAGGGAAAUUAGUCUGAACCACGAGUGGACAUUUGAAAAACUCAGGCAGCACGUGUCACGCAAUGCCCAGGACAAGCAGGAGUUGCACCUGUUCAUGUUGUCAGGAGUGCCCGAUGCUGUCUUUGACCUCACGGACUUGGAUGUGCUAAAACUUGAACUGAUUCCAGAAGCUAAAAUUCCUGCUAAGAUUUCUCAAAUGACUAACCUCCAAGAGCUUCACCUCUGCCACUGCCCUGCAAAAGUUGAACAGACUGCUUUUAGCUUUCUCCGAGAUCACUUGAGAUGCCUUCACGUGAAGUUCACUGACGUGGCUGAAAUCCCUGCCUGGGUGUAUUUGCUCAAAAACCUUCGAGAGUUGUACUUGAUGGGCAAUUUGAACUCAGAAAACAAUAAAAUGAUAGGACUUGAAUCCCUCCGAGAGUUGCGACACCUUAAGAUUCUCCACGUGAAGAGCAAUUUGACCAAAGUUCCCUCCAACAUUACAGAUGUGGCUCCACAUCUUACAAAGUUAGUCAUUCAUAAUGACGGCACUAAACUCUUGGUACUGAACAGCCUUAAGAAAAUGAUGAAUGUCGCUGAGCUGGAACUCCAGAAUUGUGAACUAGAGAGAAUCCCACAUGCUAUUUUCAGCCUGUCUAAUUUACAAGAACUGGAUUUAAAGUCGAAUAACAUACGCACAAUUGAGGAGAUCAUCAGUUUCCAGCAUUUAAAACGACUGACUUGUUUAAAAUUAUGGCAUAAUAAAAUUGUUACCAUUCCUCCCUCCAUUACCCAUGUCAAAAACUUGGAGUCACUUUAUUUCUCCAACAACAAGCUCGAAUCUUUACCAGUGGCAGUAUUUAGUUUACAGAAACUCAGAUGCUUAGAUGUAAGCUACAACAACAUUUCAGUGAUUCCAACAGAAAUAGGAUUGCUUCAGAACAUGCAGCAUUUGCAUAUCACUGGGAACAAAGUGGACAUUCUGCCAAAACAAUUGUUUAAAUGCAUGAAGUUGAGGACUUUGAAUCUGGGGCAAAACUGCAUCACCUCCCUCCCAGAAAAAAUUGGUCAGCUCUCCCAGCUCACUCAGCUGGAGCUGAAGGGAAACUGCUUGGACCGGUUGCCAGCCCAGCUGGGCCAGUGUCGAAUGCUCAAGAAAAGCGGGCUUGUUGUGGAAGAUCACCUUUUUGACACCCUGCCACUAGAAGUCAAAGAAGCAUUGAAUCAAGACAUAAAUGUUCCCUUUGCAAAUGGGAUUUAAACUGAGAUAGUAUGUGCACAUCCCUGUGCGGGAACAACUUCCUCGAUUGCAAAUGCUCACGUACAAGUUAUUUCGACAUAAUGCAUUUUAGAAGUAGAUAUAUCUUUUAAAAUAAAACAGAGAGGAUGCAUAGAUGGCUGAUAGAAGACAUAAUUGAAUGUUCAUGUUUGUAGUGUUUGAAGUCAUUCAUUUCCAAACCUUUUUUCUUUCUUUCCCGUUUUUCUUCCUUUCUAUAUAUUUUUUUCUCCUGGGGGAAAAGGAAGGAAAAAUUAUAAUCACUAAUCUUGGUUCUUUUUAAAUUGUAACUUGGAUGCUGCCGCUACUGAAUGUUUACAAAUUGCUUGCCUGCUAAACUAAAUGAUUAAAUUGACUUUUUCUUACUAUAUUACCUUUUUUGAGGUGUCGUGAUUUAUUUUGAUUAACUGGUCCAAUAUUAACUCAGAUCACUAAAGACACAUCAAGUCCUAACUUACAAAUUUAGAUUUGCUGCAAAGUUGAUUUCUUUCCUGUUUUAUUUAAAGCACCUCAAAUAAGCACGUUUUACAAUGUUUGACGAGUGCUGCUGCUUUUCAGAUGAGAAUCCCAUUUUGUAAAUUUUUGCACACUGGAAGGCCUUGAAUACAGUAAAAAUGUGUAGAUUGUUCAGUUUUUGUUUUACUUAAUAAAUAAUAAGGAAAAAUAAAACAGUA